CAACUUGAUCUCAAGUGGGCUGGACGAGUAUAACAUCAUAAUAACGUAUAAAUAACGAAAACUCUCCAUAUUUACUGUUUUUUGGAAGGUUUUAUUUAUUUCUUUAUUUAUUCUUUACUUGACCUGGCUGUCUCUGUUUCAUACUCAUACAUCACAUUUCCUUUCUUUGGAAGAAUAUAAAUCCUACUGUCUAAUACUGGAUCAUCUAAAUGUGACAGACACUCUUCAUAGUGAUGUCCUCUAAUGAAUCCAUAAAACAAGUCUUGUUUCAGAGACACAAGUCCAAAAGUGUGCAAUAUUUAUGUAGAGCUUAUAUUUCACCACAAUUGCUAAAAUUCUGAUUAUUUCAACCUUUCUACAGGGAAGUUGUCCAUUAAAUGUCAACUUUAAAACAUUUAAAAUAAUUAGUUUGUCAGUGUUGUCAGGACUUAAUUAAAAAAAAUAAUCUUUUAAACAUUUUCAAACCAAAAGUAUUCUCACAGAUGUUUGUUUGGAACGUUUAUACUUGUGCUGCUGAAUGCAAACAUAGUAUCAGUGAGUGUUUGGGACGAGGAGUGUAGAAGAAGGAUUAGAUCACAGCAAACAUCUGCUCUACUUGAGAUUUAAAAAAAUAAGAGAACGAACAAACAUCAUGGUCAUUUUAAAUGAAUAAAUAGUUGUAACCAAGUUAAAACACACUGUUUCAAUAAUUCUCUUAAAUAGUUUGUAUUCACAUUGUAAUUAAUAUAAAUUAGAACAAAUUAGAAUAAAUAAAUUAGAACUUGACAUGGAGGCAGCAUGGACAUGGAGAAUCUGGACACAGGAAGCAACUAAGUAUUCACAGAUAAAUAGGUAAUUAAAAUCCAGAUGUGAAACAAUUUAAAAGCUGACAAAAUUCAAACUAUGUUGGUAUCAUAUGAAGAUUCUUAACUCUAUUCACCAAAAGGAAAUAUGAGUUUAUUUUGAUGCCAACAUUUAUGUUCACUGAAAACACCUUGUUAGUUCAGAAGUAGUUCAAGCAGGUUUUUUUCCUUUUUCUGAGGGGGUGUAGCAAGGAAGGAUUCAAGAAUAGAAACCACGAGACAGAAUGACGCAGAGCUUUAUGGCUUGCUGCUGCAAAAAUAUGAUAAUCAUGUCAAACAGUAGUUACAGUGUAACAAAGCGGGUAUUGUUUGAUUUCUGUAUACGCUUGGUAAAUAAAGUUUUCAAUUCUUCAGGUGCUGCAAAAUAUAUUUUCCUUUGUGUCAAAUUCUCUCUCUUAUAUGACCUGGUGUGUUUUGGACUUUAUCAGCAGACAUGCAGAGGCCAGUAAGCAGAAAGAGAAAGAUGUAAAUUAAACUGUUUACGCAAUAAAAAGUGUAAAGUUACUAGAGGAAAACACAAGGAAGAAGCUGCAGUAAUAAUAAACAUUUAUUUUUAGUUUAAAUCUAGCUAUAAAAAGAAAUGCAAUACGUCAGUAUGAGCUAUAGACACACCUCAAAUAUUCAAAAAAUGUAAACAAAGCAGGAAAUGUGUAAAACAAACUCUUCACCUGAGUUUAUUUACUCCCAGCUACCAAGACAAGAUGAGACUAAUAACCCUCCUAAUCCUCUGUCACACCACAUCUACUGUGAAACACAGUGAAGCACUGAAGUUUUAUGUGAUGGUAUCCUCUGGAGUCCCAAAAGUCCCAGGUUAUGUGGCGAUGGGAGCCCUUGAUGGGGUUAUAAUGGGAUACUAUGACAGCAGCAUGGAAACAGCAGAACCUAAAGAAGACUGGGUUAGAAAAGUAACCAGAGAUGAUCCAGAAAUGUGGGAAAUGCAGGUGCAGUACUGCAGACAGUAUGAGCAGAUCUUCAAAGAUGAAACAUUCAUCUUCAUGCAUCACUCAAAUCAAACUGGAGGUGUCCACAUUGUCCAGCAGCUUAUGGGCUGUGAAUGGGAUGAUGUAACUGAACAACCUGCUGGUUUUAAACGGUACGGUUACAAUGGAGACGACUUCCUUGCCCUCAAUAUGGAUACAGAGACAUGGACCACUGCAAACCCACAAGCUGAAAUCUCCAAACAGGAGUGGAAUAAAAACAAAGACAAUAGCAGAUUUUGGAAGAACUUUCUAGUGAUGGUUUGUCCUUCUUGGUUGAAGAUGUAUUUAAACUUUGGGAAGAGUUCGGUCCACAGAAGAGAUCUUCCCACAGUGUCUCUCCUCCAGAAGAGCCCGUCCUCUCCAGUCAGCUGCCACGCUACAGGUUUCUACCCUGACAAAGCCGUGAUGUUCUGGAGCAGGUUCGACUGUGUGUUUCAGCUGUCUGAUGUCAAAGAUGACAUCAUCAUCAAACUAGACAAAGCACAGAUUAGAAGAAACUGGGGAAAACCUCAAAAUACAUAUAAUGAAGCAGGGGAGUCCUCUGACAUGAAUGUCCCCAUCAUUGCUGCAGUGGUUGUUCUUGUUGUCAUCAUCAGUGCUGCUGUUGGAUUUGCUGUUUAUAAAAGUAAGAAAGAAAACGCCCCCAGACCUUCUGCUGAUAACACUGAGUUAUCUGAAACACUGAACCCAACGACCAAAUCAACACACACAUCCUGCACACAGUGAAAUGGGGAACUUAACAGUUACCAAAGCAAAAAUGGCCAAACUCUGGUGGAUAACAGACAUUUCCUAGUAAACUCGGUACAGAAGAAAAAUCAGUUGGAACACGUUUUUUCUAACUUCAGUCUGUGAAUAUUAAAGUGCUGAACACCAUUAAUGCAUCUUAGCACUCCUGCACUAAUUUAUGAUGUACAGCAACGACCUCUUUACCCCUAACUUCUCUAAGCUCUUUGAAUAUUGUUGA